UACUCUUCAAUCAUAAACUAGUGAGAGACACGUAGCACCACCACCACCAACAACGGUAGAAAGACACCACCAUGGCUCUCUCCCUCCACCACCACCUUCUCCUUCUCAUUCUUCCUUUCCUCCUCCUCUCAUCUACCACCUCUGCCUCCCACCACCACCAUCACCACCACCACGACCACCACGACCACCACCUCAAGUCCCUCCACUUCUCCCUCUACCAACACGAAACCAUAAACCAAACAGGCUUCUUCAUAGUCAACGGCGUGACCGGACCAGGAAUCAGCCAAACCACCACCCCUUUCGGCACCAUCUUCGCUUUCCAUGACCCCAUGACUCUCACUCCAAACACUACUGGGAAAGUUGUUGCGAUAUGUCAGGGGACUUCAAUCACCACAUCUCUUGACGGACUCGAAAGCAUUUCCAUUGCCAAAAUCACUCUCAACUUGAAGAACCGAAAAGGGUCCAUUUCGAUCGCUGGUGUGACCCACAACAUCAAGCCGGCCGAUCAUCCGGUGGUCGGAGGCACCGGAGACUUCUUGUUUGUUCAAGGGUACGUGACGUCAUCGCCCGUGGAUCUGGUUGGGAUCACUGUUACUUACAAGAUUGAGUUUCACCUUUAUUGGCCUCCUUACGCAACUUCUUAUAAAUCAUCAUCUUAGAGGAGGACCUUUUUUAUUUUUAUUUUAUGUGUGUGUGGAGAGAAAUUUUACUAAAGACUUUUGAUUGUUUGUCAUAUCAUAUGCAAUAAUAGAGUUCUUCAUUUCUUUUAACAUUUUUACACAUCAUGUUCCAUCUUUCUCAAGUAUUUCUCUUUAUUUAUUUAUUAUUUU